AUGUAUAAGACCGUGCCUUUCCUCCCAGAAGACAUUUUUUCGCUCGAUCUCGUCAAUUUAGACUCCACAACAGACAAUUACUCUCUAAGCUAUUACCUGUACUAUCAUCUCAACUUUUCAGACAAUAUGUGCCUUGUAAAGACGCAGGAUCUUUGUUCACCCUAUUUCUUGUACACUUCCCGGGUUGUGGGCUAUAUCAUCGGAAAACAGGAAAAAAAGGGUGUUUUAUCCAUGCAUGUGUCUUCUUUGAGUAUAGCGCCAACGCAUCGAAAAUGUGGAUUGGCCACGUCUUUAAUGCACAUCCUUGAGGCACAAGGAAAUGAACGAAAUGCGUACUUUGUCGAUCUUUUUGUGCGAUGUAGUAAUUUUAAGGCGAUCGCAUUCUACGAAAGAAAUGGUUACGUCAAGUACAGGAGAGUGUUAGGAUACUACACCAGUCCUGAAGAGGAUGCGUACGAUAUGAGGAUAUCGCUGGAAAGAGAUGGAGAUAAACGAUACAUGGUGCCUUUAAAGAAGCCUGUACGUGCAGAGUAUUUGAAGUAUGAAUGAAAUGGUUUACUGUGUUGCGUGUUAGUGGGAAUUUAUCCUUAGCCAUGUGUUAAUUAAAAGUUUGUACUUUCAAU